UUGAAGUUUGCAUAAACGAAGAGUCCCUACGGUUCCAAUACACUGCAUUUGAUGUGCAGUCAUCAAAAACACAACUUCCAAUAUGACUGCAUAAUGAUACCGCUUCCAUUCUUCAAUUUGAUUUCAAUCCGUCUAUAAAAAUGUGUUUCUCUAUCUCUUCAUACCCUAACCUCUUCUUUCUCCAUUUUUCAAAUCUUCAAAGACUCCGGAACGAUUGGCGUUUAUAGCAUCGUCUAUGGCUCGCCCUAUUGAAGCUGUGAGGGAUAUCAAUGAGUCCAAAGAUUUAUGGAAGAUCGCUGUUAGGUGCAAACAUAUAUGGUCUGUGACGAGUGCUUCAAAAAAGGAACAUAUUGAGAUGAUUUUGGUUGAUUCUAAGGGAGAUAUGAUUCAAGUCAUCGUUCCACCCUUCUUGGUAUCGAAAUACAAGGAUGAACUCGCUGCUGGAUGUGCAUACAUAAUGCAGAAUUUCAAAGUCUCCAACAAUGAUUUCUCUUUUAAGUCCACUAAUCAUAGUUUCAAAUUGAUAUUUUGUGGGUCAACUUCGGUUAAGAAGGCUGAACUCCCUGAUAUUAGUGUGAGUUACCUGAAUAUACUUGGAUUGGAUGCUAUUGUUGAGGGAAAAUUUCAGUCCAAUAUUUUGGUUGAUAUUCUUGGGGGAAUAACCGAGAUCUCUCAAACUCAAAUCAAUGCUGAUAACAACAAGAGCAAAGUUGUUUUUUCAAUUACUGAUAAUAGCAAAACUGAAGUGCAAUGUACUUUGUGGGGUCAACUUGCACUACAACUUCACGAGUAUUAUACAACUCAUAAGGAAGUAGGCAAUAUUGUUGUCCUGCUCAUUAAUGCAAGAAUUAAGGAGGCUCAAGGAGGGUUUCCUUUGAACAUAUCAAACGCUUGGAACGGGACCAAGUUGGUGAUAAAUGACUUUACCAUUGAUGAAGUUAGCAAACUCAAUGAGAGCCUGAAAGCUGAAUUUUCAUUGUUAUCUUCAUCAAGUAUGCAAAUGGACGCAACGCAAAGCUCGCAUUAUUCAGAGUUUGAUAAGUUUGUGUGGAAGGCUGAAAUUAUGAGUCUUGCUGAAAUAACCUCUCUGCAGCAUGAGACUAUAUGUGUUACUGUUGCGACUUUAGAAAAAUUUGAGGCUGGCCAGUCAGGGUGGUACUAUGAUGGAUGUGUCGAUUGCACAAAAAGUGUGUCUCUGAAGGAUGGUAAACUGAUUUGUUAUGCCAAACACAUAAGUGCUGAGCCGGUACCAAGGUAUAAACUCGAAAUUAUGGCUGUUGAUGGUAAAUAUAAGUCCAGGUUCAUUUUUUGGGACGGAGAUUGCGUCAGCUUGAUUGGAAAGUCUGCUCUUCAAAUGAAAAAUGAUUUAAUAGAGGCCGGUGAAGAUAAUCCGCUUGAAUUCCCUUAUGCACUUGAUGCAAUAUUAAAGAAGGAAUUGGCUAUUAGAGCUGUUUUUCAGCCUAACAAAGGGAGACUUUCUGUCAUUAGCUUCAAAACUGAUGAAGAUAUUCGUAAGAAAAUUAGGGCGAGUUUCAGCUCUGAAGAGCCCACGUCAAAGCUUCUAACACCAGAACCUUCGUCACAAGAUGAACCAAUAUGUGUUGAUGAACCUUUGUCCGCAUCCGCUGAUUAUGACCCAGCAGUUGGAAAUACAACCCUGACUCCAUCAAAGAGGACUUUAAAUGAUGCAGUAGAAGAUCUUGAGAGCAGCCAACUUUCCUCAACCAAGUUGAUUAAGGAUAUCAAAAAGGAAAAAUAAUAACCUACAACUUUAUGCUCAUGAACUUUUGUUAGUUUUAAAGAAAGCUUGGUGUUUCUUUAUAGUUUAAUGCUUUUUAUAAUUUGGAUCUGUUAAACAAUUCUCCAUUCAGGCGUAUUAUUGUUGUUUCCGGAUUACAGAACUCCAUUUAAUAUAAUGUUUGUGCGAUGGAUUG